AUGUCUACCCAGAAGGUCAUAUCCAAAUAUCUGAAAUGUUUCCUUUCACUAUUUCAGAGAAGGCAGCAAGCUGGAAAUCAAUCUCGGCUCUGUGCAUUUUCAGGGUUUACCAACAUACGAAGUAAGACUGUGCGGUCUGUCUGGCGACAACAUCAAACUACAAUGGAUUCGACUCCAGCAGAAAACAGUCUCGCGAUUAAGGACAGAAAAGUCAAGGCUAAAUCUGCGAAGAAAAGAAAAGGACAAGAAAGUUACUAUAAGUCAAGAAAGCUGUCCAGGGCAUGUAAACUACGCGCCAAGAAAAAGUUGGAAGAACGACCAAAGGGUGCGGAAGGGCAAUGUGCAGAAGAUUCUAUUGAACUUCCUGAUGUGUUACCUGAUGCUGGUAACAUGGACGUGGCUAACCCCGUUGUGGAAGUGACUGCUCAAGGCAUGCAAGCUGUUCCUGCUCUCUUUGGCGAUAGAUAA